AACUCAAAUCUAGAAUAUUUACGAAAACGACAUCACCUGAAAAGGCAAAACGAAAAAGAAAAAACUGGAGUGCUAGACUACUAGACUGCUAGGUAAAAUUAGUACUCAACCAAGAAGUUAAGCAUAAGCAAGAAGCGAGGCUCUUUUCGGUGAACAAGUAAUUCUCGUUUCGAAUUUUCAAUAUCCAUUUCAGCCAAUUUUGUUUUCUGAACAGUAAAUAGCUAUCUUUUCUGCUAUAAGUUGAUGUAUUUUGGUUAAAUUUCAAGCUUCUUUUCUCCUAAAAAAGAAAUGAAAGAGUUUGAAAAUGAAAUUAGGGUUUAGGGUAUUUUAAGUGUAUUAACAGGUCUGGGCUUAGCAAUCCAAUAUUUAGGCCCAACAAAGUUCAGUCAAAAGAAGAUGGACAGUCUGAUUAGAAGACCAAUUAUUCAUUCAGGACCAAGCUCGCUACCGACUGAUCUGGGCCGGCCUGCCCCCUUCGUUUUUCGGGAUCUUUCUUUUUAUCCUAUUUCCUUUUCUAUCCCCGUGUCCCUCCGUCUGAACUCCCCUCUUGCGCGCCGUCUCCGGCUAACAGUGCCGCAAGUUAACGGUGGUUUUUCUAGUCUCUUCUUAUUUAUCUUUUAUCCACGUGAAGAAAAAGUCUUCUCGUCUUCCGAGAUUUCAAAGCAACCUCGCUUUUCAAAAUUUCGCUCUCAACGGACGAAAAUUUUUAAAAGAUUUGAUGGAACUGAUGCCGUCGUAGACCAAAAUGGACUCGAUCAUCUCCUCAGCUCUCGAGGAAAUCUGCUUCCAUGGCCAAGUAGAACAAAUGGAGUGACACAAAGUCAGCUUGCAAAGGAAUUUGGAAUUGAAGGGAAGAACUUCUUUUAUAUUUUGAAGAACCUUGAAUGCAGAGGGUUGAUUGUGAAGCAACCGGCAGUUAUUAGGAAGAAAGAAACUUGCACCGAAGGGGAGUCCAAAAACAUUUCACCUGUGACCACCAAUUUGAUAUACUUAUAUCGAUAUGCAAAGCGUUUGGGCUCUCAACAGAGAUUUGAGAUUAAUAAAGAAGAACAAACUGUGGAAAGUCUUGGGUACGACGAUGAAAAUGUUCCAGAUGAUGAUGGUUUUGCUUUAGAAAAUGUUAAAGAGAACAUUUUCGUGAAUGAUUAUCUACCCGCAAUGAAAGCUGUUUGUGAUAAACUUGAAGAAGCGAAUGGAAAGGUUCUUGUUGUUUCAGAUAUUAAACGAGACUUGGGUUAUACAAGAUCCUCAGGCCACAAAGCCUGGAGAAAUAUCUACCGCAGGUUAAAAGAUGCUGGUCUUGUUGAGGAUUUACACGCUGUUGUGAACAAAAAGGUUGAACUUUGCCUACGGUUGGUGAAAAGGUUUUCUGAAAAGAAAUUUGAGCCAAAACUUCUUGGAUGUGAUGAUCAUCUUGACAAAGGACAACUGCUGAAGUUUGGAAGGACAAUUCCUAAAGUUGACCAAAUUGUAGAGCUUUCCAUUGAUACUCAAAUUUAUGAUAUGGUUGAUGCUGAAGGAUCUGAGGGUUUACCUGUUAUGACGGUGUGUGAGAGGCUUGGAAUUGAUAAGAAAAGGAGCUAUUCUCGAUUCUUUAACAUGUUCUCUAGGUUUGGGAUGCACCUGCAAGCUGAAAACCAUAAAAAGACUACAGCAUAUCGAGUUUGGACAUCUGGGAAUGCUAAUCCUAAAUCAUCAAAUGCAUUUUUCAUUAAAUCAAAAAAUGCCGAUGAUGAAAAUGAGACUUCUAAUCUUGAUGUUGGCAAUUCAGAAGUUCCUAAUGGAUUGAACCAAAACUUUCUAGAAUACGAUCCCUCAACUUCUGCAGGCGGUUUUUCUACUCCUGUGAAUGUGAAUGAUAUGGAAAAUGAUACUGAUAUUUCUUGUGGCUCCCCUGGAGAAACUAACCAUAUAGUUCUAUAUUCUGACGGCAUACAAAAAUUUCAAACUGAACGAAGUAAUACUGGUCAUGAUGCAGAACUUGAUUUAGCUACUAGAGAAAGUGAAAUAAAUGCUCCUCCACCAGAACCUACAGGUCUUAAUGUGUUGAAACCUCCUGGUUCUGGCUCAUAUCAGACAUAUUCAACUCAAGUUCUGACUGCUGAUGGUGCUCGAAGGGAGCAGAGGAUACUCGAACGUUUAAAGGAUGAGAAGUUCAUUUUAAGACCUGAAUUGUAUCGAUGGCUUGUGGAACUUGAGAAGGACAAGAGCACAAAAAUGGACAGGAAGACAGUUGAUCGAAUGUUAAAGAAGCUUCAGCAACAAGGACACUGCAAAUGCAUGCACAUUAAUGUGCCUGUUGUCACAAAUUGUGGGCGAAGCCGUAUUACCCAGGUGGUUCUGCACCCAUCUGUUGAAGCUUUAAAUCCAGAGUUGCUGAGUGAAAUUCAUGACAGAUUGAGAUCAUUUGAAAUGCAAAUUCGUGGCCGUGGAUCAUCGAAGUUGAAAAACAGUGAUCCAGUUCCUGUAUUAGAUGGUGUCCAGAGAACUCAGAGCCAUGUUUCUGAUGCCAAAGCUACUAAAUCAGAAGCCAUGCGUGCUAAUGGUUUUGUAAUGGCAAAAAUGGUACGCUCAAAGCUGCUACAUGGGUUUUUGUGGGGUUUCUUGAGUAGUUCACAUGGUUGGGAUGAUGCUUUAUCGCUUGAGAAACACCUGCACGACCAGAACAAUCUUCAUGGCUCAUGCAUUUUAUUUUCACUGGAAGCAGCCAUCAAGGCCAUUCCACUUGAACUUUUCUUGCAAGUUGUGGGAACUACUCUAAACUUUGAUGAUAUGAUUGAGAAGUGUAAGAAAGGCUUUUGUCUUUCUGAUCUUCCCAUUCAAGAGUAUAAGCUUCUAAUGGAUACUCAGGCAACUGGAAGACUUUCAUUGCUCAUUGACAUCCUACGGCGCUUGAAGUUGAUUCGGCUGGUACCUGAUGAAUGUUCAAAUAACAUAGUAAAGGUACCACAUGCCAAUUUGACCCAUGCUAUGGAGCUUAAACCUUACAUAGAGGAACCACUGUCAUUGGUUGCUGCAUCUACUUUUAGAUCUCUUGAUCUUCGUCCAAGAAUUAGGCAUGAUUUCAUCUUGUCUAAUAGAGAAGCUGUCGAUGACUAUUGGAAAACUUUAGAAUAUUGUUAUGCAGCUGCUGAUCCGAGAGCUGCCUUGCAUGCAUUCCCUGGAUCUGCUGUUCAUGAGGUUUUUCUUAAUCGAUCAUGGGCCUCAGUUCGAGUAAUGACAGCUGAUCAGCGUGCUGAGCUCCUAAAGCGAAUCAUGAAGGAUAAUUUAAAUGAAAAACUUUCAUAUAAAGACUGCGAAAAGAUUGCAAAGGAUCUUAAUCUGACCUUAGAGCAGGUGCUUCGUGUGUAUUAUGAUAAGAACCAAAAACGUCUUAAUAGAUUUCGGGGUGUUCCAAAUAGCAAUGAGGAGCAGCAUCAAUUAGAAAGAAAUCAACAGUCAUCUUCUCGGAAAAGAAAGAAAUCUUCAAAGGUGGAAUCGAUAGAGAGUAUAACAGUUGACGCAAGAACCAUACAAUUGGACGAACAGGAGGUUGCGACACUACGUGCUGGCAUUGAUGGAUUCACUCUAAAAGAAUAUGAUUCUUUAGCUUCUUCAGUGGGACCUGAUGUCUUCCAAGCAUAUCAGGAAGCUGAUCAUGUUGAACCUGUAAAUAAGCUAGGGUCACAUGAAGAAGAUGAGGAGUGUCAUUCCUUAAUUAGCCAGUAUGCCUUUCCAAAAAUGAAGCCAACACGUAAAAAAAGGAUCUUAUGGACAGAUGAAGCAGACAGGGAAUUGGUAAUCCAAUAUGCAAGAUACCGUGCUGCUUUGGGGGCUAAAUUUCACCGUGUAGAUUGGACUUCACUUGCUGGCCUUCCAUCACCUCCUCGUGCUUGCGCAAGAAGAAUGACAUCCCUAAAAAGAAGUGCAAAAUUUAGGAAAGCAUUAAUGAAACUAUGCAAUAUGCUUAGUGAACGGUAUGUGAUGCAUCUUGAGAAAAGCCAAAAUAGGUCAUCCAACAACAGUGAUUGCAGACUUCUUGUCCGAUCUUCAUCAAUUGAAUUCUCCAAUGGCAUUGAACAUGGUGAAGAUGCAGGCUUUGAGGAAGAAAGAUGGGAUGAUUUUGAAGACAGAAAGAUAGAAAGAGCUUUGGAGGAUGUUCUUCGGUUUAAACAGAUUGCUAAAUUAGAGGCCUCUAAAAGGGUUGGAUCUGUAUCUGCUGAGUGGUCGAAUAUAAACAUGAAUUCAGAGGAUUAUGAUCUACAGGGACCUGAAGUGGUUUCACCAACUACCCAAGAUGAGGAUAUAGGGAGGCCUGGUGCUGGUCAUCGUAAAGGCUCUAUUCAAAGCUCACAACACCAUCGCUUUCAUCAAAAGUUAGUUAAACUUUGGAAUGUAGGAAAUGGUGUUGGCAGACAAGUACAUGGAUCUUUGGCUGUUUCUAAUGCUGUUGAACUAUUUAAGCUUGUUUUCUUGAGCACAUCUACAGCACCACCAUUUCCAAAUUUGCUGGCAGAAACUUUGCGCCGGUAUUCAGAACAUGAUCUUUUUGCAGCUUUUAGCUACCUUAGAGAUAGAAAAAUUAUGAUUGGUGGUACUUGUGGUCAACCUUUUGCUCUUUCUCAACAGUUCUUGCACAGUAUUUCUAAGUCUACAUUUCCUCGAAAUACAGGAAAGAGAGCAGCUAAUUUUUCUGCUUGGAUUCAUGAAAGAGAAAAAGAUCUUAUGGAAGGGGGGAUUAAUCUUACUGCAGAUUUGCAAUGUGGUGAUAUUUUCCAUUUAUUUUCUCUGGUUUCUUCUGGUGAACUUUCUGUUUCCCCAUGCUUACCAGAUGAAGGUGUUGGAGAAGCUGAUGACUUGAGAAGCUUAAAACGUAGAGCUGAGGAUAAUGAAUUAUGUGAUACUGAUAAGGCUAAAAAAUUAAAAUCCAUAGCAGAAGGUGAAUUUGUGUCACGACGAGAAAAGGGCUUUCCUAGUAUCAUGGUAUCUGUGUAUAGCACAAAAUUUUCCACUGCCAAUGCUUUAGAAUUGUUCAAGGAUGAGGAGACUUUCAACCCUGAGCUUGUGAAUGACGAAACCCUAAGUCAGAAGGUUAAAAGUAGUUCAACUAAUUUGGACCAUAUAAAGGAAAUGCUCGAGUUUGGAAAUAAUGUCACCAUAGCAUUGAAGUCUAGUGAGUCACCUUGGGAAGCUAUGGCUAGUUAUACUGAGCAUCUGUUGUCAAAACCUUCUGAUGGAGGACACGGCAGUCACUUUGAUCCUGAGAUCAUCAAGGUUGUUUGUGCUGAAAUUCAGAAGGCUGGUGACCAAGGUUUGAGCAUAGAAGAUAUUUAUAGUCUUGUCAAUAUGCCAGGAGAAAAGAUGCCUGAAAUUGUCAUUGAUACGCUCCAAGCAUUUGGAAGAGCUUUAAAGGUCAAUGCUUAUGAUUCUGUUCGUGUUGUUGAUGCUUUAUACCAUUCCAAGUAUUUUCUUGCCUCAAGUUCUUGUUUCCAUCAAGAUCUUAAGCCUCCUUUGUCACUAACGUCCCAAGAAAAGGAUGAUGGCAACUUGAUCCUUCAGCAAGAAAGUCAGAGUCUUGAUGCUGCUAACUUAUUGGGAAGUGUAACUGUUGGUGAUGUGCACAAAGUUACUAUUCUUAAUCUUCCUGAAGAGCAUGCUUUACCUUCGAAUGAAAUUCCUACUAACAAUGUGAAUGAAAGCUGCAUGGCUGGUAAAGUUGGUUCCUUGGAAGGGGAUAAUGAGUGUGUAAUUUAUAAGCGAUCUUCAGGUGAAAGAUUGGUGCCUAUAUUGCCUUGGAUAAAUGCAGAUGGGACCAUCAACAGCAUGGUCUACAAUGGACUUAUACGCCAUGUCCUUGGUACUGUGAUGCAAAAUCCUGGGAUAUUGGAGGAGGAUAUUAUCUGCCGAAUGGAUGUAUUAAUCCCCCAGAGCUGUAGAAAGUUGCUGGAAUUGAUGAUAUUGGAUAAACAUCUCAUAGUGAAGAAGAUGCUUCAAACAACAGGUAGUGGUCCUCCUGCCCUUCUGGCAACCCUAAUUGGGAGUGGUUGUAGAACAUCAAAGAUGGUUUGCCGCAAACACUUCUUCGCAAAUCCUACAAGUACAUUUUUAUUGUAGGAACCAUCGGUCCCAGAGAGAUGCAGUUAGAAGCUGCAAUUUUGUUUUGUUGUCAUCCCACUGAAUAACCUCUAUACUAAACAAUGCUGAUUUGAAGUUACUCAUCUUGAAUGUAUAAACUGAAUACCGGAUGGAUGGAAAAGAUAUAGUGUCAACUUGGAAUUUGUUUACAA